AGCCUUGGUCGAAUCCUGAAUCAUAAUCACAUUCCGGACCUAAAGAGAUUGGCAAGUGGAUCGCUUCAUUUCAAUUCGUCUGGAAGGUAUCACAGAACAAAUAAGAAUUUAUUUUCUAUUGCUGCUAGUCAAUAUUAUCCUUUAUCAGCAGGAAAACUUGAACGGUGAGUGUCAACAGAUAACUAGAAGUCUUAGAAUCGACCAACGAGAGUGUGUCUUUAGUCUUUGCGUUUGUUUUGUUGGCUGGCUGAUGGACUAAUUCACAUUCCCCUCUCUUCCCACGUUUCUGAUAGAUUUUCUCGUGAAAUUUAGCAACAAUUUAUAUAGUCCCCUUCCUAAGCAAUAGAGGGGUUUUCUCAAUGUUCCUUUCACUAGAAACUAGGUAACUGUGUAAUGUAAUUAAACGUUAACCGCGGUUAACGGGUCAGUUAGAUGUUUUACAAGCGGCAAAAGUUUAGCAGGGAGUAGGUAAAAGAUUUGCUCGAAACCUAAUCUAUUCCACAAUUGAUUUUCUAGUCAUUUUAACUCAAUAACAUGGGUACUUUGUUACUUCGAUAUGUGCCCUUGCCAAUAAUUCUAAAUAAGAGAAUUCCAAUUAAUAACAAAAUCCAAAACAAUUAUACCCGGGUUUUGAUUCCUUUUUUAUUUUAGAAUCCUGUACAAAAAGCCAGGUCAAAUCAAAUCCAUAAUGACUGCACCCCUUAAAACUCCAACAACUGCCAGUUCGUGCAUGAAGCAGUGGGAAGAUCCCAUCCAUUUAACAAACUACUAUAAAACCGAAGCAUGCAAGAAAUUUGCCAGCAGGUCUUUAUGUGAUUAUACUCAUUGUCCCUUUUAUCACGGGAAGAAGGAACGCCGAAGAUCUUUUGAUAUUUAUUCGUACACUUCACAAGCAUGCGAACACGUGAAGCUUGGUGAAGAAUGGAAGGAUUCUACCAACUGUCCGAAUAAAGACGAAUGUACUAAAUGCCAUACAAGAAUGGAGCAACAAUUUCAUCCAGAAGUUUACAAGAAAAUGCAGUGCAAAGACCUUCAAACCGGUGCCUGCCCUCGAGGAACAUUCUGUGCAUUUGCUCACAACGACUUCGAAAUUCAAGGGAAACGUAGUCCUGAGUGGAAAUUUGAUUGGGGAAAGAUUCUUCCGGCCGGAGUUCAAGCGCAGUACAAUUAUACAAAAAGAGGGGGAAAAAAGAGCUUGGGAAGUGAAAACAAUGAAGGAGGAGGAGGGAUUGCUUCCAACAUUGUACCAAAACCGAUUCCAAGUGUCAAGAAUGUAAAUUCUACUACAAUCCCCAAGUUAUCAUCAGCUGGAAGCAGUCCUUGUUCCGCGGAUAAAACCAAGACAGAAUUUGAAGUGAUUUAUAUCGAGUGUCCGAAAAUUGUUGAACCACUUCAAUAUACUUUUGCAGCCAUACUUUCCGGAAAUAAAGACAUUGUUAAUCACGAAGACGAUGUUGGUCGCGAAGCAGAACGUAUUACGAUCGAUGAGAAUAACUUUGGGAAUCUAGAAGAAUCUGUAGAAAAUGAGAUGUCCAUGGAGGUUGGAUCAACCACGUAUCCUGCCGAUACCAAUCCUAACAAUAGUUUUGCUGCCACGCCUGCCACUUUUGCCGAUAUUCUUUCUGGGGUCAAGUCAAGAUCAGAACCUUUGCCGAAUCGUUUGGGAGCUUGUAAUUCUCUAUGCAAAAAACCAAGUAUGGAACUAGAGACCUCGUUUACCCAGCUUCCACUGCCAAAUGUUAUCAGUACAUCUAAUUUGUCAGUUAUAGAUAAUGGUAUAGAUCAACCCCUCCAAUCUGAAUGUCACUCUCAACAAUCGGAUGUUUUUGAUGACGAUUAUCUUAUACUACAGAGCAAGCAACAAAGUAUGGAACUUCCGUUACCGAAUAUCAGCAGUACACCAGCCACAUCUAACUUUUCAGAUGAUGAUAUGAAUGAAACUAUCCAAUCUGAAUGUCACUCUCAACAAUCGGAUGUUUUUGAUGAAGACUCUUUUGGACUAACAUCGUGUAAUGAUAAUUCGAGCGUCACUGUUGAACCACCUCCACGUCAUGAUAACCUGGAGUUAUCCUGUUCCUCUGUAGAUGAGAAUCAAGUGUCCACAUGUAAACGAGAACGUACACUUACAGAAGAUUACGAAGAUAUUUCCAGCCCCUUUGAUGACUUUGAAGAUCAAUUUCCCUACACUCAUUCUGAUAAUUUAGCGUUCAAUCAAAAUUGGUGUUGUGAAGAGUUAGGAAAUAUCGGACCUCCACCAGGUUUUCAACCUGAGGCCAUGAACUAUCAACUAUUCCUCAUGUUCAUGAAUUCAAAUUUGUGGAUUCCUCUAUGUCAGUAUGCAGCUCGUUACAGACUCAGUCGGGAAGACCUAUUUUCAAUAAUAAGAAAUGUCGAGCGUGAGGAAGCGAUGGAGAGUUUUCUAGGGAACGAGCAGUACCAACCCUUACACGAGAUACAUGCAACCCCUGAGAUUGAUGCCCGAGAAAUGGUUUUCUUUCAAUCAUCAAGAAUGGUGCUAAGUAGUGGAAACAGCUACUCAAGUACUGGAGAGUCGAGCCAAAAUAAUUUGCGGAGGAUAAAUUUCAAGGAAACUAUUUUGAAUUUGCCGAGACUACCAAGUUCAGUAUAUUAUGUGUCUCAACAAACACAAGGGUCCUACCAGCAGUACACACAACAAACUGUUGAGCAGAAUCAGUUCUGCAAUAAUAAUAAUAAUAAUAGCUGGUCUUCAGGUAUAACAAUUCAACGCUGGGAACCAUCAUACAACAAUCCAUAUAAUGUUAAAUUUAUAGCUAGUCGAACAGGCUGUGUGAAUGGAGAAUUGGACCAAAACCAGGAUGCAUAUCUGCCAUUACGAUACUCGAUGAAUAUGCAGUGUCCUAAUCGAGACCCUUCAGAAAUUUUUUUUGAUAAUGAGAAACCUUAUGCUGUAAAUAGAUAUGAAAGGUUCCCCUAUGUAUAACAGUGUGACAAGACCCUAAUGUAAUUUGAACUGUGCAGUAUGGUGUCAAUUGCUGUUCAAGUCCAACUCAUCCUAACCCGUGGUUGACAGAUGAUGUUGAAAAGGACAGCCAAGUAAUUUAUCUAACUGAUUGUAGGAUGUUUGUAAAGAAAUGUACUACUAAAAGUACUUUUAUUAUAAUUGUCUACUUUUAUAUUCAAGACAAAUGAUGCUGCCACUGCCACUACUCCGGAUGCAAGUAGUGCAUGGUCAUCCAGGGACAAGUAUAAUUUCGAUAUAUGGGCCCCAGAUCAUGAAUAACUCAUAAAUCAUGUACAGGAUAAUUAAGGUUAAUAUGCAUGCCGUGCAAUAACGUUGUAAUUUAGAAUAUAUGAUUUGUAAUGAUAAAA